AUGCUCACUUGGAAAGUCAUCUCCUCCGUCUUCGCACUUUUUUGCACUGUGGAAGCAUUUGUUCCUCAACAAUCCGUUGCCACCAGAUUUGUCCAACAACAAACGAAUCUCAAUGCCUUAGACCCAAUUCACAUUCUUGAUUCAGCUUCAACACUUUUGUCAAGCGACGAUGUUAUUCCCGGAACCUCCGGAGAGGUUUCGUACUCCCGAGCUAGCUACUACAGUAUUUUGGGGCUAUAUUUGAUUUCCUUUCCUGGUAUCUGGUCGACAGUUAAGCGUUCCACAAAGACCAAAGUAAAGAAAAAGACCUAUGUCACCAAGGGAGAGAUGGAAAAGGAUGGAAAGAGUCUGCGAGAACAAGCAGGAGAAAUUAUGGCUUACAUGAAGGCCAACAACUAUGAGGUCGUAGAAGCUGGAGAAACAAUCACUUUCCGAGGUCUCGUUCAAAGAAGUACAUCUCAGGCAUUCUUUUUGGUGUUCUGCACUGCCAUUGCUUUUGCUUCUCUCGCACUUGUACUUCAAAUUCAAUUCCAGGACCUAGAACUUCCUGUUAUCGGCAAACCGAAUUGGUUCUUGUUUACUCUUUUGUCUCCUUAUGCUGGAAUCUACUACUGGCAACAAGGAGAUAGACAGGAUGAUUGUUCGUUCAAACUAGAAGCCAAUGAUGACGAGACGGAAAACUCCAUUACAGUGCUUGGAUCAGAAGAAGAAAUCGAACGAAUGUGGCGAACUCUAGAGUGGCAAGAGAAGGGUAUGGUGAAAGUCCCUGGAUUGCUUGAUGCAUAA